AGAGAGAGAGAUCGUGGUAGAGGGCGACUUCGUUGUUAGUAGCUACGGCAGUGGUGGAGGAGGUGGUGGUGUUGCUGGUGCUGCUAUCGUAAAAGCAUCCCCCAUGCAGGUCGUCGAACAGCCGUCAAAAGCGAGACGUGUACGGUUUCGCGGCCACAUUGGCAAAGAGAGAAGAUGCCAUAACCAUUGAAAAGUCGGACAUCUCGGAACGUAAUCUUUCUUUACCCUAAUUCUUGAAUCCUGUCCUUGUUCUACUCACCCUAUAUAUUCGUUUCUUAUUUUCUUAGAUUGAAUCUUUCCCUUUGUCAAUCUGUCUUUCUCUUUCUCUCCCUCCUCCCUCAAUUUCUUUCUUUCUCUUUCUCUCUCUCUCUCUCUCUCUCUCUUCAUUUAUCUAUCCUACCUAGAUAUCUUUCCAUCUCGCUCGUUUGCCUCGUCGUUCAACCCCCGAUGGUGAAUCAAUAAUUAAAGUGACAAAGUGCGGUGAUUGCGCGAUCGUAUUAGUUCAAGAUGUCGGUUAAGAUGACGAGGUAUAAACAAGCCGAGUUUGAAGACGAGGACAGCAGCAGCAUUGGUUCUGUUGCAUUAAAUAGCGAAGGCAUCAGUACUUCAGCCACUCAUAUUAGGUAUUAUUCGGGUACAACAUUAUGGAGAGCAAGAAAUACCUUAGAGAAGUGUCUUUUUAUAAUAUGUACUUGUCUGCUAUUGAUGGUAACGGUACUGUCGAUUGUAAUCAGCGGUAAAAGCGGUUGGAACAAAGGACAAUACGUACACCUCGGGUUUCACGAUGAAAAUACUAGUUAUUGUCUCACGGAACACUGCGUGACAGUUGCUGCGACGAUUAUAAACAGUAUAGAUCAUUCCGUGAAGCCAUGCGACGAUUUUUACGAGUAUGCCUGUGGCGGUUGGAUAAAAAAGAAUCCUAUGCCAGAUGGGAAAAGCACAUGGGGAAUAUUUGGAAAUAUGGAACAGCAAAAUCAACUUGUGAUUAAAAACGUUCUCGAGAAGCCUUUUAGCGAAAUGAAAUCUAAAGCGGAGAAAAAAGCAAAAAAUUAUUAUCUGUCUUGUAUGGACGCUAAUGAAACUGUCGAGGCUUACGGAGCUCAGCCUUUGCUUGAUCUAUUGGAUACUAUCGGUGGUUGGAAUAUUUCUGGGAACUUUAGCAUCGAACGUUGGUCUUUACAAAAUAGUAUGCAUAUAUUACAAAAUGUUUAUAACAUGGGCGGAUUGUUUUCUUGGGCGGUAAACGAGGACGAUCGUAAUAGUAGCAGAUACAUUAUUCAGAUCGAUCAAGGUGGGCUCACUUUACCAACGGCUGAUAAUUAUUUGAAUGUUACCGAACAUGGUAAAGUAUUGUCGGCUUACUUGGAGUACAUGACGAAGAUAGGCGUGUUACUUGGGGGAGAAGAGAAUUCGACUAGACGACAGAUGCAGGAUGUAAUAGCUUUCGAGACAAGAUUGGCAAAUAUUACUACACCUCAGGAGGAACGUCGAGACGAGGAAAAGCUUUAUCAUUUAAUGUCGUUGAGCGACUUACAACGCAAGGCAAAUUUCAUGUCAUGGGUGGACUUCUUCCAAAAUGCCACGCGCAUAGUUAACAAGAAGAUUAAUAGCAAAGCGAUGAUCGUUAAUUUUGCUCCCGAUUAUUUCGCUAAAUUGACGGAUUUGGUGCAGGAGUACAACAAAACUAAUGAUAAAAAAAUAAUACUGAAUAACUAUCUGGUUUGGCAGACCGUGAGGUCCCUGACGGUGUUUCUUUCGAAGCCAUUUCGCGAUGCUUACAAGGUCUUGAGGAAGGCUCUUGUCGGCUCAGAAGGGAGGGAAGAACAAUGGCGCUAUUGUGUUACUGAUACAAAUACUCAAAUGGGAUUUGCGGUUGGUGCUAUGUUUGUCAGGGAAGUGUUUCACGGGAAAAGCAAACCUAUGGCGGAACAAAUGAUCAAUGAAAUACGUCAAGCAUUUACAAAGAAUUUGAAAAAUCUUCAAUGGAUGGAUGCUGAAACAAGGAAGGCAGCGGAGGAAAAGGCUAAUGCGAUUACCGAUAUGAUCGGUUUUCCAGAUUUUAUUUUGAACCCCAUUGAUCUUGAUGAACGAUAUAGGGAUCUCUUGAUUAAACCAAACGAAUACUUCCAGAAUAACAUUAGAGUGAGCAAGUACACAUUAAAAAAAGCUCUCGAAAAACUUGAUCAAACUGUAAAUAAAACUGCUUGGAUUAUGUCUCCGUCGAUGGUGAAUGCUUAUUACACACCAACGAAAAAUCAAAUCGUAUUUCCCGCUGGAAUUCUUCAAAGUCCUUUCUAUGACAUGGAGAAUACCGAUAGCCUUAAUUAUGGUGGUAUUGGCGUUGUAAUGGGUCAUGAACUCACUCAUGCUUUCGAUGAUCAAGGUAGAGAAUAUGACUUGCAUGGUAAUUUGAAUAGAUGGUGGAACAACGAUACAAUAGACAGGUUCAAUAACAGAACUGAAUGCUUUGUAGAGCAGUACAAUACGUAUGAGGUACAAGGUCGUCACGUGAAUGGACGUCAAACUUUAGGAGAAAACAUUGCCGACAACGGUGGACUCAAGGCAGCGUAUCACGCUUAUUUAGCAACAGUUAAGAAUGAAAAAGAACAAUUGCCAUUACCUGGUCUCAACCUAACGCAUCGUCAGUUGUUUUUUAUCAAUUUUGCUCAGGUAUGGUGUUCUGCUGAAACUUCUGAGUUGACAGCCCUUCAAAUUGAAAAGGAUUCUCAUUGUCCACCGAAAUAUAGAGUGAUAGGACCUCUGUCGAACAUGGUUGAGUUUUCAACUGAAUUUAAUUGCCCAACAGGUUCGAGAAUGAAUCCGGAAUCGAAAUGCGAGGUUUGGUAACGUACAGGAGUUAAAAGCGGUUCAACAUCUAUCUUGUUUGAUGGAAUAUCCUUGUUAUAUGUAACACCGUGCGAAUCUAUCGUCGAACUUCUUUUCAGAAAAAUUUCUUUAAAUGUCAAUCGACGAAGAAUUCGUCUUAACGUGAAUUCAAUGAACUUGUGAGUUACUAGUAUCACCGUCAGAAUCAUCGAUAAUAAGGCCGAUCGUUCUUUUUUUUUCAAAAGUUAUCGACGAGAAAGUUACGAGCGGUCUCGUAAGAAUCGUUAAAAAUAACGGAAAAUCUUAUGAUCUUGAAAUAUAUGUAAAUAUGCAUCUUAAAAUGUAUGCAGUAAAUCACAAGAGUAUUCCUACCCGUUCCCACGAUAAAUUUUAAAUAAUUAAUAUUUACUUGUAAUGCAAACUUUCAAAAUUCCUGUAUAUAGAAACCAAUUUUAAGAUAUUAUUUGAUUGCAGAAUAAUAUAUUUUAUUGUUAGAAAAAAAUAUAAUUUUACUUAAAUAUAAUCAAAAAUUGAGUAUUUUUAUCUACAUAAGACACAAUAAAAAUAACAAUUAUUAUGUUUGUAAAAGUAGUACUUAGUUGACCCUUUUCUUGCAUCUCGUAAUGCUUUCCAGAUGAUUAAGCUUAUUUUGUGAAAUAUUUUUUAAUCAGUUAUAUCAAAUUUUACUUGUUUUAUAAUAAUAUGCUCAUUUGCAAUAAAAUCUAUAUCAAUUUAAAAGUUUAAUUAGCAAAAAAUAUUAAUUUGUACAUAAUAAUUUUGAAAUAUUGUAUUACAAGAAAAUAUUGAUUGUUUUAAAUUGACAGUGGAGGUACGAAUACGCUUGUGAUUCAUUGUAUAUAUUUAUCUAUGUAUGUACGUCGGCACAAAUGGAUGACGAACAAUGAGCUUGGCUCCGUUUAUACGGCUUACAAUAAUUAUCUGUAUUUGAAGAUGGUUACUACUAUUUCCAUGCGAAUCAAAUUCGUCCAAUAGUAUUCCGAUCCUUUUGAAUCGUUGAUUGGCUGCGAGGAGAUUAGAAUGCCUAAUAAGUAACUGUUGAUUAGUCGAAAGUCGACGAAUUAUAAUAAUAAUAAUAAUAAUAAUAAUUUUUUUCCGCAAAGUGUCUUGCGACUAAUCGAUUCAACGAUUCGAAUGUAUCGAGUAGUAUUCACAUAAUAUUGGUUCUUUGCAAAUUUCAUCAUGAACUCGAGAUAGUUUAAAAACUCGAGAUAGUUGAAAAUUGGCUUAGAACCAUUUUAACGAAUUAUUAGCUCUUCUUAAUUGAAUUAUAUUUGAUAAUUGCAUUGUUAGCUCGAAUAUUUCACAAACAUUUUACUUUUCAAUGCAUUUGCGUCCACGGUUCAUCGAGAUCAACGAUCGAGAUGAAAUAAUCAAUCCAAGAAGGUUUAUCAAACGAAAACAGAUCCUUUUUCACUUUUAUACUCGAAAUAAUUCUCGGUGCUAUGCAUUAAAACACUCGACGAAUGGACCUUUUUAAUUUUACUGCUUUUACAAAUGAAAUUAUUUUAAAUAUUGUUAUAUUUCUAUUACCUAUCGUAUAUACUACUUGCGUGAUCUCUUGUCGCUUUUACAAUCGUGUAACAUUUGAUUUAUUUUGAUUAUUUCUUUUCUUUUUUCAUUUUUAUUUUUUCAAUCACGUUUGAGAUACACUUGCUCUCGAUCAGACCCAACGAUCGAUGUUGUCGAUGGACCGAGGAAGAGACAUACCAUUGUGGUGCCAUAAUUUUGUGGCAGGCAGGAUCUAGUAUUAUAUUUAAGAAAUUUAUUUUAUGUAUAAAGCUAAGAGAAUACUUAUCUAAUAUAUAAAGUAUAAGAUCGAGGGGGGUUAGGGAAUUUGGUGAUAUUGGAAGAAUUUGGAGAUUCAAAUCGUAAAGAGAUUAUAGAUACGUUUGAAAGAAAACAAAUAUUUUUAAUGUAUUAUUCAAACGUUGUUUCGUUAUAAUGGUAUAUUUCGAUAUACGGCGUUUGAACGAAUCAAAUAUACGAUUUUUUCGUGCGCAAAAUAUGAAUGAUUGCAAAUCAAAGUAGACAAGAAUGAACAAAAUAGUACGUUUAUCAAUGAUAGUUCAUUUGUUGUUUCGUAGCAAAAAUCGAUUAAAUGUGUCUACACGAACAAAAAAUAUUAUUUUAUUCAUUCGAAGAGUAAACUAUGAAAGAAAUCGUUGUUCGUCACAAAUUAUCUCAUCGUUAGACAUUAAUUUUAAAUUAUGAUGCAUUACGCGAAGAGAACAAGUAACAAUAAUCAUAAGAUCGAUCAAUUUUUCAUAGAUUUGUUCCAAAUAAAUAGUUCCUUUACUGUUAUUUUCUUCAAAUAGUAUUUUUUCGCAAUUGAUUAAUAGAGAACAAAGAAUUAUAACACAUGCGGAAGUUGUUUAAGAAAAUAAAUUAUUUUAUAUCGCGAGAAGAGAGAGAGUUAGAAUUAUCCGUAAGCAGAUCGAACUGCGAGAGAGUUGAUAAGACAGUAUUAAUACAGUACCUAACGAUAAAUCCAUAGGCGAUAGGUGGUGUUUAUAGUGAACAGCAAUAAUCGAUUACGUGGUAGCCAAAUUGAACAAAUGAUAACUGUAAACAAUUAAAAAAAAAAACAAAAAAAACUGUAAUCAAACAGUAUAAUGAUACUUCCUGGCUUGUCCACGAUUAUCGGUUGGUGCAUAUUUGGUAUGAUGGUUGAUACAUUACUGGAUGAAAGAUGAUAGUUACUAAAUAGUAAAUUAUUCUAUUUGCGCAGCGAUGAUCACUUAUCUAAUGUUCGGUGCAGGUUGCAUGUAUGACCAGCGACGUAACUUACAAAUACGUUAGCAGGAUGUCAAGGAUAUUUUUAUGCUUAAUUAAUUAUCGUUGAUUCUAGUCGGUAAAAAAGGUCACUAAAAGUUAUGUAUACAUACAUGCAUAUACACACAUACACACAUUUACUUUCAGCCAUAUUUGUACAUUGCCAUACAAGUUUUAAAGAAGAAAUAAAAAUAUUAACUUGUGUCUAA